AUGAGUUUCUUUUUCAAUCCAGCAACUAGUACAACAAGCAUUACAGCAACAGGUACGACUGCAAGCACACUUCCAACGACGACGACGACAACGGCAGCAGCAACAGCGGCAAAACCGGUCACACGUACUUAUCGUGAUUUAGAACGUCUAUUGACUAAAUGGCAAACUGAUUUCGACACGAAACAUCGUUUAUCUUACGAAAAUCUGUCUCAAUCAGUUCGACAACGUGAUGUAGACUUGGCGACAUAUCGCGAGACUUUACAAUCAGUUCAACGUGAUAUCAAUCAGAUGCAAUUACAACAAAAUCACUUACAGGAUGAAUUGAAACUAUUGGAUACACAUGAAAAAGAAUUGGAAAUGAAUCUACAAAGUCUAGAAAACGAUAUUCUACAAUUACCGCCCUUGCAACAAGACAUCUAUUCAAUUCAACAACAAAAUAUGUAUCUCAAUCAAAACUUACCAUUAACAUUCAACGAACAUUUACAAGAAAUCGUUGAUAAAAUGAACGAGCAAGAUGAUGACAAUGAUCAAGAACAGGAUGUAACAUCAACCAGUCAAUCGACUGAUCCAACAUUGAUUAACGAACAAAAUAUCAAGCAAUUAACAAAAACAUUGGACUCGUGUUUCAAAAUGUUGGCUUUCGUUGAUACAAAUGUAACAGAUAUUGAAAAUAAAGUCACCCAAACAACUCAACGUUUACUUAGUUCCUAA